AGAUUGAGAGAUAGAUUGAGACAGCGAGAGAGCAAGAGAGAGAGUGCAUGCACGGAAGGGAAGAGAUCUCUUUUUGAUACUGAGCUCAGUAGGGAUAAAAAUUGUCAACCACAAAAAAAGGCUCUGGUGAAGUUGUAGCUGGCGUAAUUUCUCUGACAAUUCAGCCUCCGUUCUUUGGAUCUUACUUUGGACUGCGAUGCCUUGUUACACUGUAACAGUGGCCACCGGGACCCAGUGGUUUGCAGGCACAGAUUCUUACAUCUAUAUCACUUUGGUUGGAACAGAGCGAUGCAGUGAAAAAACUUUAUUGGACAAGCCACUCUACAAUGAUUUUGAGAGGGGGGCAGUAGACUCGUACGAUGUUAAAGUGUCGGAGGACAUCGGGGAAAUUGUGUUUGUGAAGAUUGAGAAAAGAAAGUACUGGGUGCAAGAUGACUGGUACUGCAAGUACAUCACAGUGAAGACCCCAUGCGGAGAGUAUUUGGAGUUCCCCUGUUACAGAUGGAUCCCUGACGACAAGGAAGUGGCGCUCAGAGAUGGCCGGGCACGAUUGCCUCAAGAUGACAAAACCAGACUGGUCAAACAGCAUAGACGCAAAGAGCUGGAAACCAGGCAGAAGGUGUACAGAUGGAGAGAAUGGCAGCCAGGGUUUCCCAUGAGCAUAGAUGCCAAUAGUCACAAGGAGCUUCCCAGGGACAUCCAGUUUGACAGUGAGAAAGGAGUGGACUUUACCCUGAACUACACAAAGGCGAUUGAGAACCUCUGCAUAAACCGCUUCAUGCAUAUGUUCCAGUCCUCCUGGAGUGAUUUUGCUGAUUUUGAACGGAUAUUUGUGAGGAUCAGCAACACAAUCUCAGAGUACGUGAUGCAGCACUGGCAGGAGGACUUCAUGUUUGGAUACCAGUGUCUCAACGGCUGCAACCCUGUGAUAAUCCAGAAGUGCACCCAGCUCCCUGCCAAGUUCCCAGUCACCCAUGAGAUGGUGGAGUUCUGCUUGGAGCGAGACCUCACUCUGGAAGAGGAGGUCAAGGCAGGAAACAUUUAUAUUGCAGACUACGAAAUUAUGGAAAAUAUCACACCCAAUGGUACAGACUUAUGCACACUCCAGUAUUUGGCUGCCCCUAUCUGCCUGCUGUACAAGAACACUCAGAACAAAGUCCUGCCAAUUGCUAUACAGCUACAGCAGAGUCCUGGGGAGGACAGUCCCAUUUUUCUCCCGAGUGACAGCAAGACGGACUGGAUGCUGGCGAAGAUCUGGGUGCGAUCAUCUGAUUUCCACGUCCACCAAACUGUCACGCACCUCCUGCGCACUCACCUGAUCUCUGAAGUCUUCGGCAUAGCCAUGUUCCGCCAGCUCUCAGCAGUUCAUCCCGUGUACAAGCUGCUGAUACCCCAUAUCCGCUUCACCAUUGCCAUUAACACCAAAGCCAGGGAGGAGCUUCUAUGUGAAUGUGGUCUCUUUGAUAAGGCCAAUGGGACUGGUGGUGGAGGCCAUGUUGAGCUGGUGCAGAAGGCCAUGAAGACAUUCACAUACCAAUCACUGAUCUUCCCACAAGCCAUAAAAGCCAGGGGAAUGGACAGCCAGGAGGAACUUCCUUACUACUUCUACAGAGAUGAUGGAAAUAAAGUCUGGGAGGUCACCAAAAGCUUUGUGGAAGACAUUGUGCACAUCCACUACGAAAGUGACGAGGUGGUUAAGGAGGACGAGGAGAUCCAAGCCUUUGUGAAGGACGUAUGCAGCUUUGGGAUGCAGGACCUGGAUUAUUGUGGAUUUCCCAAAUCUGUGAAGACUCGCGAGCAGCUGACUGAGUAUCUGACAGUCGUCAUUUUCACCGCCUCUGCACAGCAUGCAGCCGUCAAUUUUGGCCAGUAUGAUUGGUGCUCCUGGAUCCCCAACGCUCCGCCCACCAUGCGGAAACCCCUGCCCACAAAGAAAGGUGUGGCCACAAUUGCGUACAUCAUCGAGAGCCUGCCUGAUCGAGGCCGGUCCUGUUGGCACCUGGGAGCUGUGUGGGCCCUCAGUCAGUUUCAGGAGAACGAGCUGUUUUUGGGCAUGUAUCCAGAUGAGCAUUUCAUCGGAAAGCCAGUGAAGGAGGCCAUGGAAAAGUACCGGAAGAACCUGGCGGAGAUUUCCCGUUUCAUCAAGGCCAGGAACGAGGGCAAGAAACUGCCAUACUACUAUUUCAGCCCUGACCGCAUCCCCAACAGUGUGGCUGUUUAGCAGAGCUACCAGUCACUGCUCAGCAUUGUGUGGCUACAUUGGCAAGCUACCAAUCACUGUUCAGCACUGUGUGGCUGUUUAGCAAAGCUACCAAUAGUAAAUAUGGCUGUUUAGCAAAGCUAUCAAUCACUGUUCAGCACUGUUUUGCAGAUUAGCAAAGCUACCAAUCACGGCUCAGCUCUGUGUGGCUAUAUUGCAAAGCUACCAAUCACUGUUCAGCUCUGUGUGGAAUCAUGGGAAUCUUCUAAUAUGUGAAUAUUGGUUAUAAAAAUGAAAUACUUAGUAGGUGAGAUGUCUCAUUUUCCAGAAGUAUAAGCAUUGAAUAUAAUAAAAAUACAUAGUCCUUGUUGUUGGUCCAUAAAUAUGCACAUUUAAGUAUACAGCUCAAUUAUCCCUUUGGCUGGACAAGAAAACAUUUUGGGUGACAGCACCUUGUCUCCUAUUUAAUCUUUGCUUUAUAUAUUUUUAAUAUCUAUAUCCUUGUUUUAUAUCAGAUUCAAAUAUAAAUAAUUGACCCAAUUUGACUUUGAGUUAAAAUAAUAUUAACUAGCCAUAUAUUUCCAUAUAUUCCAAAUAUUUCUAUUUACAUUAUGAUUGAUGCAUUUUGAGUUUUGUUAUUAAAAGGACCACACCAACAUUUCGGGAAAUAUACCUUUUUUCCGACUUACCCAGACUUAGACGAGAUGUUCGAUUUCAUUUUCAAUUCAUUCAUCUUUCAUUUUUCACUGUUGAACUGUAUGCUUCCGUCUUCCACUGGUUGAGUGCAGUGAUCCGUGCACCUUCUGAAAGUAGAGCUAGUACCUUCUUCACUGGACACAUGUGCGUUCAGUGGUUAUAGUUCCAAACAUCUAACUUCUCCAAAAACAACAUCUCUCAUUUUUACAAUUAGCAAAUACAAAUGCACAUGAUACCUUGUGUAAAUAAUACAACUGUGGAGUUUCUGUAAGGUAUAUUUCCUCACUUUGAAGGAGGUAGGCUACUGACUCCUAUACUCCCAAGUCUUUAUUCUAAGCUAACACGUUAUGCUAACAUGGAAACCGAGCCAGUGAAUAAACAAAAAUGAAAAUUAAAUUGGACAUCUCGUCUGGGUAGGUCAGAAAAAAUAUAUAUUUCCCAAAAUUUUGGUUGAAAGGGAUUUUUGUUUGUUUUCAUGCCUCAUUCAUUUCAUAAAGUUGGAUAAAGAUUGGCUAAGCUUUUUAUUGAAUAUGUCUAUGUACAAGCGUGAAAUAAAAUAAUGUUCUAACA